AUGGCUCAGCGACGCUUCCACAAGAAAAGUCGCCAUGGCUGCUCCCAGUGCAAGCAUAACCGGACAAAGUGCGAUGAGAAUAGCCCAACCUGUGGGCGCUGCGAGAGAAUCGGACUCGUCUGCUCGCUGGCCAGUCAGUCCUCCGGCCUGAUCUUCAUCCCAGCCAAUCCUGCAGAGCCGGAAAACAGCAGUAAUACUACUAUUGCCACGACUAGUAGCAGUCGUGGUAAUCAUCACAGCUCGGGGAAUCGUGGCCUUUCGCCAGUUCCCCGAAGCAGCGUUGUACGUGCGGCAAAUACUUUUACUAGUCUUUCUCCACACUCGCUGCAAAACAAUAGCUUCGGGUUGACCACGACAAACGCGGUUCUAAAAUCCGAUAGUUCUUCUUCCACCACGGCUAUCAAUAAUAAUAACAAUACUACUCCGAACGAUUCUCCGAACUCCAAUCCGGACGGCCUAUCAGCGACAUCCUUGGCGCCGGUCGUCACAGACAUUGAGCGAGAACGCCUGAAGUUGAUGACGCACUAUACUCAGCAUACAGCCCAGAGCAUCACGGAUUUUGGCGUGCAGACCGGAGAUGCCUCUCUCUGGCGAGACUGGGUGGUGGAGCUUGCUUUUGAAUAUGACUUUCUGCUGUAUGGCCUGCUAGGCCUCAGUGCCCUGCAUCUAGCCUUACAAUGCGACAGCAACGAUAGUAUACAGAAGCAGCACUACACCAUUCUCGCCAUCCAGCACUACGACCGCGGAAUAGCCCUGUUCCGGCCCUAUCUCAACGACCUCGACAGCGCAAGCCAAGAUUCGCUCUUUGGGUUUUCAGUCAUCGUUGCGCUGUACUCGUUCGGAAUCCAACGUGUGCCUCCAUUUUUGACCAGCAAUAGUAAUAGCAUCGCUAGACUCCACCAAGCACUCAGCCUACUCCGAAGCUCCUCGCACAUCGCCAAGAAGGACUUUGAAGCGCUGCGACGCGGGCGCUGGUCUGGAAUGCUCGUACCGCUGCCAGACAGCCACUACAAACUGCCCCAAGCGAUGGAAGAUAUGCUCAUAAAGCUAGGCCAGUAUACGUCCAAGACCAUCACGACCAGCACGCAGCAGGAAAUGUACAUGUGCUGUAUCGAGGCGCUGCGGAUCAAUCUCGCUCUGGCGGUGGAGUACGACCGCGCGCAGGUGAGGGUGUCCUUUCUGGCAGUGGCGACGCCGGAUGAGUUUUGGUCUAUGGUGUGUAUUGGAGAGCCGCUAGCGUUGGCGAUUCUAGCGAAUUUUGCUGUGAUUUUGUAUUGGUUGAGACAGACCAUUUGGUUACAGGGAUGGGGCAGGGAGACGGUCGAGGCGGUGCGUGAAGCGUUGCCGGUUGAGUGGCAUGACUGCAUUGCUUGGGCAGUGCAAGAAACAGAAUUAUCCUGA